UGUUUCAUGACCAGCUGACCUACCCAGAGGGCAUUUUUCUAGUUUCCAGUUCUCUGCCAUUCGCUAACCCUGAGCAUGAUGAAUGAUCGGGUAUCCACGACAUGGCGUUCGUGCGUGGAUCUACCUACUCAAUGCCUUGUCUCGCAGAUAUCCAGAAGACCCCAGCAAUUUCCAGUAGAUCCUGGCGUACUCGGAGUGUUCCCACAUAUUUGGGACGAGACGAAGACUAUACCUUUCCACUCCCUCGUGGACCUGUUCAUCGUGGGAGAGCUGAGUGACAGGGACGACAUGGUGACCGAUGUUUGGUCACCAAGCUGUAACGAUUGCUUUCCAGUUUGUGCCUCGUCGGAUACCUGCCUGCCGUGCAAUAGGAAUAUAUCAUUCGUGUCAAGCUCUGUCGACCGCCACCGAUUUGGACGCUGUCACUGUUUCAACCAUCGGUUUUUCGAGACUUCCCCGAGACCAAAUGUAGAUGCCCAAAGAACGACAUACCUGAAGGUUGGAAAGAUGUCAUCACAGACCUGAAGACCCGGCUACACGUCGCGCAUCCAACUCGAACCGUGUUUCUCAUGAUUUCUAUAUGACUGAAUAUUAUCUGGCUUGUAUGGGAUCCCACGAAUAACAUUCACUCCUUACAUUUAUUCGAUCGUCUCGCAAAUAGCUCCGAGACGGCCUGGACUCUCGAUCCGCGAUACAAGCCCGUCGCCGAAGCCUGGUGGUUCAAUGCGGAUACCGGCGAAAUCUCCU